GCCAAACGUCUGAUAGGGCGGAGGUUUGAUGAUGCUGUUGUCCAGUCUGAUAUGAAGCACUGGCCCUUUAUGGUGGUGAAUGAUGCAGGCAGGCCCAAAGUCCAAGUAGAAUACAAGGGAGAGACAAAAAGUUUCUAUCCAGAAGAGGUGUCAUCUAUGGUUCUGACAAAGAUGAAGGAAAUUGCAGAGGCCUACCUUGGGAAGACCGUUACCAAUGCUGUGGUCACAGUGCCAGCUUACUUCAAUGAUUCUCAGCRUCAGGCAACCAAAGAUGCUGGAACCAUUGCUGGUCUCAAUGUACUUAGGAUAAUCAAUGAGCCAACUGCUGCUGCUAUCGCUUAUGGUUUGGACAAAAAGGUUGGAGCUGAAAGAAAUGUGCURAUUUUUGAUUUAGGAGGUGGCACUUUUGAUGUGUCAAUCCUCACUAUUGAGGAUGGAAUCUUUGAGGUCAAAUCUACAGCUGGAGACACCCACUUAGGUGGAGAAGACUUUGACAACAGAAUGGUCAAUCAUUUUAUCGCAGAGUUCAAGCGCAAGCAUAAGAAGGACAUCAGUGAGAACAAAAGAGCUGUCCGACGUCUCCGUACUGCAUGUGAAAGAGCUAAGCGUACCCUCUCUUCCAGCACUCAGGCCAGUAUUGAGAUUGAUUCUCUCUAUGAAGGAAUCGACUUCUAUACCUCCAUUACCCGUGCUCGAUUUGAAGAGUUGAAUGCUGACCUGUUCCGUGGCACCCUUGACCCUGUAGAAAAAGCUCUUCGAGAUGCCAAACUAGACAAGUCACAGAUCCAUGAUAUUGUACUGGUGGGUGGUUCUACUCGUAUCCCCAAGAUUCAGAAGCUUCUG